AAAAAAAAAGGAACGUGGGCAUGUGAAGUGCAAAGUGACGUUGUGUACCCUGCUACUACCACUACUACUACUAAUCUCUUUCCACGAGAUUCUAGAGGCCGAGUGUAAACAAACAUGGAGGAGGAAGUGGAUAGCGUAACUUUUAAAGAUCUUGGUAUUAUUGAAGAAUUAUGCCUAGCCUGCAAGCAGUUAGGAUGGAAGGCCCCAACAGCUAUCCAAAAGGAAGCAAUUCCAAUUGCUCUGAAAGGGAAGGAUAUCAUCGGGUUGGCUGAAACAGGUUCAGGAAAAACUGGUGCUUUUGGACUUCCAGUACUUCAAGCAUUAAUUGAGCGUCCCCAAAGACUGUUUGCUCUAGUUUUGACUCCGACACGUGAGCUAGCAUUCCAAAUUAAAGAGCAAUUUGAUGCCUUAGGCAAAGCUAUUGGUGUUGCAUGUGUAGUAAUUGUUGGAGGUAUGGACAUGAAUCAGCAGGCUAUGGAUUUAGGCAAACGACCUCACAUCAUAGUUGCUACUCCUGGUCGUCUUGUAGACCAUUUGGAGAAGACAAAAGGCUUUACUUUAAAAGCUCUCAAGUAUUUGGUAAUGGAUGAGGCUGAUCGUAUCUUGAAUAUGGAUUUUGAGGUUGAGGUUGACAAGAUAUUGAAAGUUAUUCCACGUGACCGUUGCACAAUGCUCUUCUCAGCUACAAUGACGAGCAAGGUAAAUAAACUUCAACGAGCACAUUUAAAAGAUCCAGUGAAAGUGGAGGUAUCUUCAAAAUAUCAAACAGUAAGCAAGCUGAAGCAGCAUAUGAUCUUCAUACCCUGUAAGCACAAACACAUUUACUUAGUGUACAUUUUGAAUGAGAUUGGAAACCAGUCUGUCAUCAUCUUUUGUGGUACUCAACAAUCGACUCUGAAAACAGCUCUUAUGCUGAGAAAUCUAGGCUUUACAGCUAUACCUUUGUAUGGCAAAAUGACUCAAAAUAAACGACUUGGUGCACUAAACAAAUUCAAAAUGAAAGAAAGAUCUAUACUUUUAGCAACUGAUGUUGCAUCAAGGGGUCUAGAUAUACCUUGUGUAGAUUAUGUUAUCAAUUUUGAUGUACCUAUGCAUAGCAAGGAUUAUAUUCACCGUGUAGGUCGAACAGCAAGAGCUGGAAGGGCUGGUCAAGCCAUAACAUUUGUUUCUCAGUAUGAAGUGGAGGUAUACCAACGAAUAGAGCAGCUCUUAGGAGUGACGUUAGAUGUCUACCCUACGGUGAAAGAGGAAGCACUUGUUUUAGAAGAGAGAGUUGAGGAGGCUUCAAGAUUUGCCAAAAUGGAAAUGGCUCGUUUAGAAGAAAAAAGUGGAAAGAAAGGGAAGAGAAAGCGUGGAAAUGAUGAGGAUGACACAGAAGAAAGUUUUGGUGUUAGAAAACGCAUUGGUAAGAAGAAAUUCAAGAAGAAAGGUGGUAGGAAUACCAAGUGAAAGCUGGUAGUGUAAUGGUGUAUAUUAUUAUUAUUAUUUUUUCAUCAUGUUUUGUUUUAUAAAAUACUUAUUUAAUGACUUGCUGCAGUUGUUUUGUGUAAACAGCUAAAUAUAUUCAAUUUUUAUAUUACAACACAAAAGUACAGAUGUAUUUAAAGUUGUUAUAAAAAAACAAUUAUGUAUGUAACACAAUUGUAAAGGGCUUAAAAUUCUAGAUAAUUCAUUUUUAAUGGUAAUUGGAAGUAAAAUAUGCUUUGUUUAAAUACCACUACAAGGGUGUUUACUGUAUAAAGGAAGGAAAUGGAUGUAAUAGUUGUAAAUUGUAACUUGAUAUAUUAAACAACAUUCCUGAUUCUAGUGUACAGUUAUAAGGUUUACAUUGAGAACUUGUCUAUUGUCUGUUGUAAAUUAGAAGCAAUAUAAUAGUAACUCAGGACGGUUUGUUGUGUUUUUUCUUUCUGAAAAAAUAUUUGAUUUAAGCCUGUUGCAACAAUAGAUUAAGAUUACCCUGUACAAUAUAUUGUUAGUGGGUCAGUUUAUUUUAGUCUCAAACAAAAUAAAACUAUACUAA